UUAUAUUUAAAAAAAAAUCCAGAUGAUCUUCAAAUCUCGGGAAUGAUUUCAUUCAGUACAAAGUUACAUUGAUUAUACAAUAUUUCCUUUAGAACAGAAUAACUGUGAUACGAAAGAUAAUUUUCUGUAGCUACUAGUUUUAAAAAUAAUUGCGAGAAAGAUUAAACUAGAUCAACCUAUAUAAUAAAGAAAAUUUAUUUCCUAGAGAAAUAAGUUAUAUAAAAAUAAAAGCCUAUGUUAUAAAAGCUAAAUGUCAUAUAAAUAUCAUAUAAAAUUUAUAUUUGUAUAUAAUGACAGCAUUUAACAAUGUUCAUUUUAUCUUUUCUAAUCAAACCGCAUUCUCACUGAUAUUCACUAGAUAAAUAUUUUGUUGGCACGAAAUGUAAACGGAACGUUACGAUAUGAAAAAGUAUAACCACAAAUGGCACGAAAAUGUAUAAUGUUCGCAUUAGUUGUGCUUUAAUAUUCUCAUCGGUUAAUAAUUAAUUAUACGCGGAUAAAAUCGCGACCAGGAAAGUUGAAAUUAUCGUGCACCAAUCGACGGAAGGUCGAAUGAAUUUUUUAUACCAUGUCGCGCGCGCGCAUGUACUAUUGCAUUGUGUGCUUUUGCUAUUUACUCGAUAACGCAGCAGUCAGCGCGCUAACGUAUCGGUGAAAAGAGUCCGUUAUACCUUUUCCAAUUUGCUUGUCCAUGUAUCACUAAUUAUCACGAUAAACAUUUGCAAUUUAUUGAAACUUCGUUCAUAAUCGAUCAUUUAAAUAUGAAGAAGGUCAGGACACAAAUUCGACACAAAGCAUCGUAUUCAAAAAUAGGAUGUUGGAAUAUCCUAAAAAAACAGGCCGCCGAAUUUUGCUCCAACACCGGAUUACACGGUUACAAAUACAUCAGUCAGACUCAACGUCCCAAAACGGAGAGGAUUAUUUGGGCAGUAACGGUGUUAACGUCAUUAUGUUGUGCUCUCGUUUUAAUGAAAAUGGCAUGGAAUUAUUAUGCUACUCAUCCCACCUUGACAGUUAUCGAAUCGACGCAUCAUGGAAUAUGGAAUUAUCCAUUUCCUGCAAUAACAGUAUGCGAUAUUAAUCGCGUGUCUUACAACUUGACUAAGGAAUUCGUCAAUAAUUUAAGAAUAACAUCCAAUCUCUCGAAAGAAUUCUUGAUUAAAGAAAUGCGAUUAAUGGACGAAUUAUUAAUACCGGGAAUAUUCGGAUAUGAUGUUCAGAAAAAUCUUACUCGCCUACAAGAUAUUAUAGAUGACAACAGUAUGUCCAUUCUUGAUGUAGCGAAAUUGAUUACGCAAAACUGCAGUACCCUAUUGAGUACAUGCAAGUGGAAGGGCACAGUUAAUCAAUGUGACACAUAUUUCAAGCAAACUUUAUCGCGGGAUGGCUUGUGCUGCAGUUUUAAUUCUUACACUUUUCCAGAUACGAUACCGGAGAAUAUGAAACGAUCUGCUGCCUGCGGGUUCGAGACUGGUAUGACUAUAAUAAUAAAUUCUGAUCCCAAUGAUUACCAUGCUGCUAUUAUCGGAGCAUAUGGAGUAAAGGUCAUGAUACAUCACUCGUUCGAUUAUCCAGAUUUUAAUGCCGAAAUUCAAUUAGUACGAUUAAAUAGUGAACAUUUCGUGAGUAUUAAUCCCGCAGUAAUGUAUUCAAAACCUGAAGUGAAGAAUUUGGCGAUUUCUACACGAAGAUGCAUAUUUACUGAUGAAGCAGACAAAAUACUAUAUGCAAAUGUCAAAGAGAGAAAUUUAACUUUCGCGAGAUAUUCAUAUCACAACUGCCUUGCAGAAUGUCGAGCUAGUAUUGCAAGAAAAAAAUGCGGCUGCAUUCCUUAUUACUUUCCACAAAAUAGUACCAGAGUAUGUAAUCUCAGGGAUAUCCAAUGCUUACAGAAAUAUAAGUCGUUUUUCGAUACUUCAUGGCCAGAUAUGGAUCAAAAUGAUAAAAAACUACCAAACAAGAUAGAGAAUAUAAUAAAGGGACCUUGCGGAUGCAUACCUGAUUGCUCUCUAUAUCAAUAUCCCAUAGAAAGCUCUUUUGGAACGCUCGAUUCUACUGUUUACUAUAGCGCUAGCGGUUUCUCAAAAAACUCUCGUAACGGCAUCAGCAUACGCAAUCAUAGUAUAAUACAUAUAUUCUUUAACGAUUUAGUCGGCUUUCAGUAUCGACAAUCAGUUAAUUAUAGUUGGCGUAAUUUGUUCGGUAAGAUAGAUACUGUUUAUUACUACGCUUGUUUAAAAAAAAAGGUUACAUAAGAAUAAUAAUAUCUAUUAAUAUUUUUAGCAUCAUUCGGCGGUUUACUCGGAUUGUUUGCUGGUUUCAGCCUCAUGUCAAUCUUUGAAUUUCUAUAUUAUUUUGUAAUACGCAUGAUAAUUGAAGCAUACUUCAAUUCAAAAAAACACAGCAAUGUACAAUAACAUGUAUUAAUAAAC